AUGGCCUCUUCACACGACGGCGUCCGCUUUGAGAAGCUCGCCUCCAGGCGGAGCUCGCCGAAACCGCCCCUUGAUUCUCACCGUGCGUCCGCCCCACACGACGCCGACGAUGAUGACGAUGAGGCCUUCGCCCUUCUUUCUGGGAACGACUCCUUGCUUUCCGACACCGACGACAUCGAGCUGGACGACCUCGAGUCGGUUGACGGCCACCAUGCUUCCUCCAGCCUGGGACACGAUCGGCCGGGCCACACCCGCGGCCUUCACGAAGCCGAGGGAUGGAUCCAGGAUGCGAUCAACGCCGAGCGAAGCCUCACGCGCCGGGAAGCCAUCCGUGCGUAUCCUAUGGCCAUAUUUUGGAGUCUGGUGGUGUCUUUGUGUGUGAUCAUGGAGGGUAUGUCAAUCGCGCCCAUCUCUAUCUCACUCCUCAUCUUCCUCCCACUCGCUUUCUUCACCACUUCCAUCGGUCUCGCUUACUGGUCUUGCUAUGACACUAUCCUCAUCAGCAGCUUUUUCGCUCACCCCGAGUUCUCUAAGAAGUACGGCGAUAAGAAGGACAGCCUUGGCCGCGACCAGCUGUCGCCCAUGUGGCAGGCGAUCCUCGGGAACAGCAGCACCUUUGGCUGCAUUGUCGGCGUCCUCGCCAACGGCUUCAUCGUCGAGCGGCACGGGCAAAAGGCCGCCCUCGUCGGCUCCCUGUGCGUGCUGUCUGGCUGCAUCUUCAUCACCUUCUUCGCCGUCGACAAGGUCAUGCUCAUGCUGGGCCAGAUCGCUUGCGGCCUGCCCUGGGGCGUCUUUGCUUCCUCGGCCCCUGCCUACGCGUCCGAGGUCCUCCCGCUCGCCUUGCGCGUCUACCUGACCACCUGGACCAAUAUGUGCUUCAUCAUCGGACAGCUGAUAUCCGCCGCCGUCCUCGCCGGCCUACUGCCUCGGCGGGACGAGUGGUCCUUCCGCAUCCCCUUCGCCCUGCAGUGGUCCUGGCCGGUGCUCCUCGUCCCCGCGCUCCUGUUUGCGCCCGAGUCCCCGUGGCACCUCGUGCGGGCUGGCCGGCUCGACGAGGCGGAGCAGGCGCUGGCCCGCCUACAGAGGCGCAAAGCGAGCAGCCUGGACGCCAAAGCCCGUCUGCGGGAGAUCAUCGAGACGGACCGGUUGGAGCAGGCCCACCAGACAGGGACCAGCUACUGGGACUGCUUCCGGGGCGUCGAGCGGCGCCGGACGGAGAUCGCCUGCGUCGCCUUUGCGGGGCAGGUGCUCUCUGGCUCGACGUUCGCGUACAACUCGGUUUACUUCUUCCAGCAGGCCGGUCUGAAGCCGCAGGACAACUACGAUCUCAACGUGGGCGGGACGGCGCUGGCUCUGGUCGGGACCGUCGUCAACUGGCUAGCGCUGAUGCCGUAUUUCGGCUGGCGCCGCAUCUACCUCUGGGGCAUGGCCAGCAUGGCCGCCAUAUUAUUCUUCAUCGGCGUCCUCGACCAGAUCGCGCGCGCGCCGGGCGCGGAGGCGGCGGCAGAGCUUAUCGGCUGGGUCCAGGCCUGCCUGACCCUCGUCUGGACCUUCACGUUCCAGCUGUCCGUGGGCCAGCUCGGGUGGGCAAUCCCCGCCGAGGUCGGCUCGACGCGGCUCCGCCAGAAGACCAUCUGUGUCGCGCGCUUCACGUACUACAUCUUCGGCCUGUUGGCCAGCACCGUCCAGCCGUACCUGAUGAACCCGACGGCCUUGAACCUCAAAGGGACGACGGGGUUCGUCUGGGGUGGCUCGGCGUUCGCCACCUUCGUCUGGGCCUAUUUCCGGCUGCCCGAGACGAAGGGGCGCACGUAUGAGGAGCUGGACUUCCUCUUCCACAACAACGUUCCGACCAGGGACUUUGAGAGUACCGAGGUGGAAAUCUUUGACGGCGGCGAGAAGAUCUUGUCUCCUCCUUCUCCUUGA